AUGCAUCUUGAUCUCUCCGGUUCUAAAUUCGGUGGUGAAUUUCCUGCGCAACUUGGCAACCUAUCUAAUCUUCGCUAUCUUGAUCUUUCUGGUUCAAACUUCAUAUGUACAACACCUCCUGCUCAGCUCAACAAUCUGUCUCGUCUGCAUACUCUGCAUUUGGGUGAUUCUUUUGCUUUCAAGGGCCCUUGUGUCGAUAACCUUUCAUGGCUCUCUCAGUUGUCUUCUAUUAGGGUUCUUGAUUUAAGCGUGCUAAACCUAUCCAGUGCUACAGAUUGGUUGGAAGUAGUAAACACGAUGCAUUUUCUAACAGAUUUGUGGUUAAGUGAUUGUUUUCUUACUAAUAUUCCAACAUCUCUUUCUCAUGUCAACUUUACAUCCCUGAAAGUCCUUGAUAUUCGUGAUAAUGGCCCCUUCAAUACCACCCUACCAACUUGGCUGUGGAAUCUUACCAAGCUUUCCUAUCUUGAUCUCGGAAAUUCUGGAUUUCAUGGGAAGAUCCCGGACUCACUUGGAAACUUAACUUCUUUGAACACCAUGUAUUUAGGAUGUAAUGAUUUGGAAGGUAGCAUACUGAGAUCAAUUCAAAAUUUGUGCAAUUUAGUGAAUAUAGAUUUGAGCGGUCUUGACAUCAGCGGAGAUAUUGCAGAGUUGGUAGGGCCGUUGCAUUGCUCAUGGAAGAAUAUAGAGGAACUAACGUUACGAAAUAACAAGCUUCAUGGGAGUUUAUUUGGAUGGCUAGAGGAGAUGAAGAAUCUAAGCUAUCUUGAUCUCAGCAAUAAUUCACUAGCAGGGCCUAUUCCUAGUGGAAUUGGGAGACUCUCAAAUUUGCUAUGGUUAGACCUCUCUUAUAAUUCCUUGCAAGGUGUCAUAUAUGAAGCUCAUUUUGCCAACCUAUCAAACUUGAAGUACUUGAGCCUAGGCUCAAAUUCUUUGAUCAUUGACGUGGAUAACAAGUGGAUUCCUCCGUUUCAACUUGGGGAAAUUAUGUUAGGUUCUUGUCAAUUUUCGCAGCCUCUAUUUCCAGCAUGGCUUCGAUGGCAAAUGCAAAUUUUCAAUCUAAAUCUGUCCAACACAGGCAUCAGAGACACUGUGCCCGAAUGGUUUUGGAAUUUGUCAUUUUCCUCCGUAGAUCUCUCUCAUAAUCAGAUUAGAGGCAAGUUGCCCAUGUCCUUGCAAUUUACAACCCUAGACACUCUUAUUUUGAGGUCUAACAAACUGGAAGGCCCAAUUCCAUCUUUGCCAAACACACUUGCAAAAUUAGAUCUCUCAGAAAAUUCUAUAUCAGGACCCCUCCUCUCACCAAUCUCGAAUAUGACACAGUUAUAUUAUCUGUUGCUAUCAAGCAAUCAGAUCAACGGUAGUAUCCCAUCUAAUAUAUGUAAACUAAAAUAUCUAGAAGUGCUGGACCUAUCAAACAACUCUUUAUCAGGAGAACUCCCUCAAUGCUGGAACAAUUCAUCCCUUUUAGUUUUGGAUUUGUCGAACAACAAUCUUGUUGGCGAAAUUCCUCCUUCAAUUGGUUCGCUGAGCUCGCUCACAUUAUUGCACCUCAACAAUAACAACUUCUAUGGAGAACUUCCUUUGGAAUUGCAACAUUGCAAUAGUUUAGUGCUCCUUGACCUUAGGAGCAAUAAAUUCACGGGGGAAAUUCCGACAUGGAUAGGUGAAAACCUAGAGUAUCUAGCAAUACUGCAGCUGAGGUCAAAUAUGUUUGUGGGCGAAAUUCCUUCGGAACUUGCACAACUCACCUACCUCCAAUUCUUGGAUCUUUCACAUAACAAUUUGACAGGAUCAAUACCACGUUCUUUUGGUAAUUUCAGAGCUAUGAUAUAUAAUACAACUCAGCAUGAUGGAAAUAUAUAUACUGUUGAUGAGACGCUCUUUACAGCCGUUGACUAUAGUAAUAACUUGCUUGUGGUAAUAAAAGGAGAAGAGUAUCAAUAUUCUACCACUAUCUACCUUCUCAAGGUUAUGGACAUCUCGAAUAACAACCUAAGUGGUCAAAUUCCAGAAGAGAUACUAGCACUUGGGCUAUUGCAGAGUUUGAAUUUAUCAGGAAAUCAUCUAACCGGAAUGAUUCCGGAAAGGUUAGGUGACAUGCGCUCCCUGGAAUCGCUGGAUCUCUCUCUAAAUGAGCUUCAAGGGCUCACUCGGCGUGGUUUUGGUGAUGAGCCAUGGAUUGCAUCUUCGUCGGCCAAAUCGGAAGAAGAGAAAUCGGAAUUCAAACAAGAAGGCAUUUGCCGGCUACCAACUCGAUCUCGAGUACUCGGCAGUGAAGCUCGUCAUUUGCCGACUACCCGUGGUGUUCGCGGCGUUCCAUUGUCAAGUGAAGUCGGCGCUGAAAACACGAUAUAUCUUUUCUGUUUGUCCUGCUAA